CAAAUCCCCUCACCAUUUAUAUUCCACACCCUCUUCCCAAUCUCCAUAACCAAAACCCACCCACUUCAUAAAACCACACGCACAAAUCUUUAAUUUUGCUUUCCCCUGUCUCUCUGAUCAUCAUGCAUCAAGCAAUUCCUUACAGGUCAUGGCGUCCUCACCACCACAACCCUACCACCAGCUUCACCCCACACCCAUUAAUUACACAAUAUUCCCACAUCACCACCAACAAUAAUACAAGUAACGAUGAGGAUAAGAACAAGAACAAGAAGAGUGAUCAUUCAUUUGAUUCAUCCAAUAAUUCCAGUUCAAUGGUGCGCAAAAUGGUUUCUGAGAAUGCGGUCAUAGUGUUUGGCAGGAGAGGAUGCUGCAUGAGCCAUGUGGUGAAGCGUUUGCUUUUGGGUCUCGGUGUCAACCCUGCAACUCAUGAGGUUGAAGAGAAAGAUGAAGUGGAUUUUACUAGAGAAUUAGAAGCCAUUAUUGAUGAUGGGAAAUUAUUACAGUUCCCUGUUGUGUUUAUUGGAGGCAAGUUGUUUGGAGGAUUGGAGCGUCUCAUGGCUACUCAUAUUUCUGGUGAAUUGGUUCCCUUACUCAAACAAGCUGGAGCUUUAUGGCUAUGACCAAUUGACUAUGAACUCGUUUGAAUACAGGUCAAAAAGCACUUGAUAAGCUUCGUCAAUAAGUGCUUUGGUCUGCAUUUAAAUGAGUGCUAUGACUCUCCAAUUUUAGUUUCAGGGCAUGAUGUUGUAUAUUUUCUCUGAUUUUUCACUUUGCUGUUGAUUUCUUCUUCUUUGUGAUUUUCCGGGAUGUUGAUUAAAAUCACUUUCUUGAGCCAUCAAUUUGAUGAAGUGAAUUAUGAUAUUGUGCACUUCACGUUAAUCAAAUUGCAUAGUAUGCAACACAUGAUCAAUUGAAUAUAUCCCACCUUCGAAUUCA